GGUGGAACUUCCGGUCUAAGGUCAGCUAGCUGUGCGGAGAAACAGUUCAGUGUGUGUUUGAGCUUCCUCAGAGUCAAGACUCAGUUGUGUCCUAGAGCCCAGUUCCUCGCAUCCACAAUGCCGAAGAAGAAGACAGGAGCUCGCAAGAAGGCUGAAAACCGGAAGGAGCGAGAGAAACAGAUCCGAGCCAACCGAGAGCACAUCGACAUCGCGAAGCAUCCGUGCAACUCGGCCAUGGACUGUGAUAAGUGUCUGAGGCGACAGAAGAACAGAGCGUUUUGUUACUUCUGUGUGUCGGUGCAGAAGCUCCCCAUGUGCGCUCAGUGUGGGAAAACCAAGUGCAUGAAGUCCUCAGACUGUGUGAUAAAACACCCCGGGGUUCACAGCACGGGCAUGGGCAUGGUGGGAGCGAUAUGUGACUUCUGCGAGGCCUGGGUGUGCCAUGGAAGGAAGUGUCUGAGCACACAUGCCUGUUCUUGUCCCCUGUCCGAGGCAGAUUGCAUCGAAUGUGACCGCAGUGUGUGGGAUCAUGGAGGUCGAAUCUUCCGCUGCUCUUUCUGUCACAACUUCCUGUGUGAGGACGAUCAGUUUGAACAUCAGGCCAGCUGCCAGGUCCUGGAGGCAGAGACUUUUAAAUGUGUUUCCUGCAAUCGACUUGGCCAGCACUCGUGUCUCCGGUGUAAGGCCUGCUACUGUGAUGAGCACGCUCGAAGCAAAGUGUUUAAGCAGGAGAAAGGGAAGCCGCCUCCGUGUCCUAAGUGCGGCCACCAGACGCAGGAGACUAAAGAUCUCAGCAUGUCCACUCGGACUCAUAAGUUCGGCCGGCAGAGCUGCGCCGACGACGAUAGCUACUAUUCCGGCGCAUCGGGAUACAAUUCCUAUUGGAAAAGCAUCGCCUCCGGAGGAGCCGCAGACCAGGAGGACGAGGAAGAUUACGAGGAUGAAGAAGAGGAUGAGGAUGACGAGGAGGAGGAAGAUGAUGAAGAGGACGACGAUGAGGCUGAAGCAGUGGAUACGCUUAAUAACCUGAGUCUCGGUGUGGGUUCAGCUAGCGACAACAAAGUAGAGUAGAUCGGAUUAAUGGGUUCACAGCUAGUCAAGUGUUUGAGAGUUGUAUUAUUAAAGAUUAUCUUUAAAAUUCAUACCUGGCAAAUAAAUGGAGGAAGUUAGAAAUGACUAGUGAGAAUCAUGACAGUAAUGUUAACCGCUCCGUGCUAGCUUGGUUAGCAAUGUUCAUAUUCAUAGUUAAAGCUGCUUUCAUACUUCAGCUGUAUGUUUUAUAUGUAACGAUGGGAGAUGGGCAGAAAUUCAUCCAGUUUUUAAAAAGUGCUGCUGAAUUUAUUAUUUUUUUUUUGGGGGGGGGGAGCUUUCCAAAGUUCAAAAAGUUCAACUUUUCAGAAAAGCACAGACUGGCAAUAAACUUUAAAUAAGAUAAAGUGCGUGAAGAUAUGAAGUUUAUCUUCGAGUGGUGAAUAUAUUCACGAGAGAACGAAGGGGUGCCCUGUAGUGUUCUUUAUAUUAUAUCGACACAUCCACAUACAGAAAAAAAAAAAAAACCAAACAAACAGCAAGUUAAUCAUCUCAUCUCAUUAUCUCUAGCCGCUUUAUCCUUCUACAGGGUCGCAGGCAAGCUGGAGCCUAUCCCAGCUGACUACGGGUGAAAGGCGGGGUACACCCUGGACAAGUCGCCAGGUCAUCACAGGGCUGACACAUAGACACAGACAACCAUUCACACUCACAUUCACACCUACGCUCAAUUUAGAGUCACCAGUUAACCUAACCUGCAUGUCUUUGGACUGUGGGGGAAACCGGCGCACCCGGAGGAAACCCACGCGGACAUGGGGAGAACAUGCAAACUCCACACAGAAAGGCCCUCGCCGGCCACGGGGCUCGAACCCAGGACCUUCUUGCUGUGAGGCGACAGCGCUAACCACUACACCACCGUGCCACCACAGGUUAAUCAAAAGAAUUAAAAUUUUUAACCGGUUUGCCAUUUUGACAAUGCGUCUAGUCAGAAGUGACGUCACUGGGAGUGACGUCAUCGGAGUGAAAUACCGGGAAAAAUGUCACUCAGAUCUGCGAUGUAUUUCAUACGAAAAAUGUGAGUUUUUCAACACGAGAAGAUAAACUUCAUAUCUUCAAGCCAGCGUCUGAUUUAUCUUUUAAUAUCGACACAUUCACAAACAAAAAGUACUCAAAUAAUUCAUCGAUUUCCUCAGGACUAUGCCACGGUUUUGGAGUUCGUAUGAAAAAUACGAGUGAUGUAUUUCCCAGUAAAAUACUCGUCUGUUAUAUAAAAAUGGAGCGAGAGAUAAAAUAUCUCUAUGGUGGGAAAGCAAGCGAAAAAUAAAAAUCCCCAAACAUGCAGUAUCAUGUAAAAUUUCACUUUGAGUAGGCGACCUUAAGCAAUAUUGCAUUCAUAAUUGUGCAGUUCUCCUGUAUAUCAGCACAGAUGUGAUUCAGCCAGCCCCACCCAUUCAGUAAUCCCAGCCAUGCUGAUGGUCAGUAUAACCACACUUUAGUGAGUGCAGUAUUGCUUUUAUGUGACAGUUUUAUAAAUAGGAAAUUAAUUUGGAGUAACCGAUAUUUCAGACACAACAUGGCCUAAUAAUUUGUUUAAUUUUUGAUCCACGAAUGGAUAAGAAUCCAUAUUCACUAAUGGCUGGUCAGCGAGCGAACUCGCGUUCAUACGUUGUACAUUCCCAUUAAAGAUGCAUCUGGUCAAA